AUGUCCACCUUCUCUUUGCAGUCGCCUCCUGGAGUGGGUCCUGUACAGCCCAGCCCACCGCCGCAACUGCGUGUCACUUCGAACGUAAUGCGCCCAGUGGGCCCAGCAGGCCCAAUGCAGGGGUGCCCCGUUCAAGGCUCCGUCCCUGGCUACUACGUGCGAGGGCCAGCACCAGCCAUUCAAGCUGUUCCCGGCGCUCCUCGACCCGUGCCGGGCGUGCCGGGCAUUCCGGGCGUGCCGGGCGUGCCAAGCGCCGUUCAGACCCCCAUUCAUUUGACCCGGCCUGUGCGCUGGAGUGUGCCGCCGGGUGUGCCAGGUGUGCCGGGUGCCUCCGUCGCACCUCCAGGCCCUCCGGGAGUUUCUGCCAGGCCGCAUCCAGUUCCAGUCGUGCCAAAGCAGCCGAUCCAGAUGGCGCCGCCUGUGCAGGCCGUUCAAGCCGUCCAUCCUGUACCGCAGCCACUACAGCCACCGCAACCGCAACCGCAGCCACCGCAGCCAAGCCAGCCAAGCGAGUCAUGCCAGCCCACACAGCCAAGACAGCCAAGCCAACCUGUCCACCCCAUGCAAGUCCUUGCCCAGUCUUUGGCCGCACUUGCCACCCCACAGGCAGAACAGCAGGAGCCUGAGACGUCAGAGGAGACACACCAAAGCGAGGACUCCUCUGAGACUAGCCCGGCAACUGGAGAAGCAACUUUAAGCCCACCUCCAGACUCGCCUAACACCGAUCUGGUGGCACCAGAGGCCGCUCGCAACACCACUGUGAAGGUGGAGCCUGCUGCUCCGCUGGUGGACAGAAUAGCAGGCAAGAACGCUGCCGACCUGGAAUCUAUGGAAUCACAUGGACCUGUCGGGAGUAACUGCACGAAAGCAGCUCGACAUCGCGAGCAGCCCGCUUUGGCAUCUCUUGCGGCAGCCUUUGUUGCCGGCAUGGACGACGCCCACUUGCAACGAGGCUGCGAGGCAACGGUGCGGAAACUGGAGUUACCAGAAGCAGGAUUGUAUCCGGACACAGAGGACGCAGGUCUGGCUGAGUGGCCGACUUGGGUGGACAGCACAGCCGAGGACGCCAGUCGCGGUGGGGCGAUUGCUUUCCUGCCUUCUGACGUCCGGAGUGAUUCUCAUUGUAUAUAUUUUAUUCACGGUGGUGGGUUCGAGUAUGGUUCGCCGCUGGAAGAUGGCUAUGAUAGCCUAUGCUCGCGAAUCGCAGCAGGCUCAGGCCUCGUGGUGGUAUGCCCAGAUCAUCCUUUAUCCGGGGAGAAUCGGCCUUUCAAAGCACCUGAAAUUUUAGAUGGGCUGCUGAAGGGCUUGCGGUGGCUGCUGCGAUUCGACCCGGUGACAAAGGAGAGGAGAAUAUCUGCCCCAAAGGUGAUCGUAGCUGGUGAUUCUGCGGGCGCUACGCAGGCGCUUUCAACUGCACUGCGUGCGCUGGCGCAAGAGGACCUCGAACUUUCCGCAUCCAUUUGUGGACUCAUCCUGAUCUCACCAUGGCUCGACUUGAGCUGUGGCAGCCACACCUAUGUAAGCAAUGCUUAUGCGGAGGAAGGACACACCGGCGACAUUGCCUUCCGCGAGCACGCCGACGACAACCGAGCAUCCUUCCGUCGUAUGGCCAUGACAUACACUGGCUCGCCUGCGCUUCUGAAGGAUCCCGUGCUGAGUCCCUAUUGGCUGGCUCGCAACUUGGAUGCGGAGCUUGGAGACAAGCUUGCCAAGUCGCGGAUGCCCAUAUGGAUUUGCGCUGGAGCUGCAGAAACAUUGGUUGGGGAGGUCCUGGACUUUGCAGAACGACUGCGUGGCAAGGUGCCCGUUGAAGCGUGGCUCCAUGAAGGCAUGUUCCAUGACUGGGUGAUGUAUACUGCAGACCACCCUCUUCCAAGCAAGGAUACCGCAAUGAACCACAUGUUCGACUUCCUCACUCGACUACGAGACCCACUCGGUGCCAUGGCGCCAGGCAUCCAUUACUACAUCGACGAGUGGAAAUGA